UAUCUCAUCAGAACGGACAUUCCCAUUAGAAUUGAAAUGUACAAGUAUUCUUUUACUAACUAUAGCAGGGACUAUAGUGAAAGACAUUUUUGAUGGAUAUAACAAAUUACCCAUGCUCAACCAUUCAGCAAUUAACCAUGUGAGUUUAAUAUUUGGGGAAAUACUCGGUGGCAUUUUGUAGAAGGUAGGCUCGAUUUUUAACACAAUUACAGUGAUAUUACAUAUAGCGCCAGCUCACUUUUAAAUUGAGUUCUCAUUAAACAAAGGCUUUAUCUCUAAACGUGUUAUUUUACAGGAUACCCCAUGGCUGUAAAUAUGGGUAUGUGUAUCUAUAAUUAAUAUGAUAGUUUUAUGAUUUACUGAUUACAUAAAUCUUGCCCAAUAGCUCUGCAUUAUUGUUUAGCUAUGGACUGUUUCAAGGUCCAAAUUUUACACUAACUUUGUAGGUCAAUCACCUUGUUUUACUUUGAUAUCAACAACAGCUAUUUCUUGUUGUUUAAUAAAUUUCAUGGCAAUAGUUUGUGUCCUGUAAACUCUAUGUACUUUUUUCUAAUUUUGCAAACAUUACAGAAUCCCGCAUAUGACCGCUGUGUCUUGUUUAACGCUGAGUUUAAAUUGUAUUUAUUUGCCCCGUGAGAAAGAAAAUUAAACGUUUUUCCCUCUGAGACUAUAUUUCUCUAAAACAAAAUUAAGCUUAUCAACACACUAAAGCAUGUUUUUUUACCGCCUUUUGAAAACCAGAAGCCAGAUCAUGAUAUGUGGGAAAAUUAUUGUAAUUUUCAACUCUGGAACUAUUGAUCUCGGUGAGAGAUCACACUCAUAGGCCGAAUUAAUGCUAGAUACACCGUCUAUUUGAACCAUAUUCCUGUAUUUGUACGGGCUAAUGAGAUUAAUUGGUUGUUCUAACACUUAACUUCACAGCGGGUAGGUCGCGGGGGACGGGAUUAUUACAAGGCCUAGACCCCUUAUGUAAACCUGUAAAACUAUACCAUAACAGUUCUGUGGGAAUGGUUCGAAUUUAUAAAGAUAUAUAUUUAAUCUCUAUGGGGAUUACAGAAUUAAAGAUAUUAUUUUCUGACUUCCACCGUUAGGCCCCGUUAAUCCAGUUACAUAUCAGCUGACAGUCAUUAACUUAAAACAGUCAGGUGUGAACACCCCAACGGGGACUUUGUUUCAGAAUCGGUUUGGUCAGUUCACCUGAUUCUGAUUUGAUUGCUUGGAAGACGACGGCGCCUGGUUCUCAAACUGUGAACAAGGUCUGCCGCGAUGGUUUCAAACAAACGACUAAACGCAAAUAUCAAUUAUCCGAAGUCCUAAGUUGGCUUAAGCUGAACCUGCAUGCAUUAAUGAACUUUCAAUGUAAUAGUUAAAAAUAAAUUCAACUUAACACCAAUGCACACUGGCUGAUUGUCUUAAUCUAGAUAUCGUAGCUCGUUCACACCAAAUUGGCGUUAAGAUCGGCAAAACGUAUGUUUCUUUACCUAAAAACUGUGUUCACGUAUGCAGGCAGUGAGUGUAAUUCCUCUUGUCCUCCGUGAACAGUAUAGCAAGAAGAUAAUAUCAGAGCAGAACGCGCGUGGCCUAUUUGUUCAGCAUUGUUCACGAGACACCCUAGUUGAGAUAAGAGAUAGGGAAUAAAAGAGAUAAGUACGGUGCGAUUUAUUCCCAAAUCACCGGUGCUUGACAUAGUAUUUCCCUGAGAUGACAUAUCGAUCUCAGUUACAGAGUACUUUGUGCACAAAAGGGCUACAUCGUUGACGUCGUUUUCACUGGAAAACUAACUUCAUCUUCAAAACAAAAUAUUACCUUUCACUACAAAGUUAUAAAGCAAUUUGUAAGUUUUGCGAAUAACUGCAACAUAUACAAGACCGAUUGUGAACAUUUGGCAAACAUCGGCUCGUCUGGAGCUCUGAUUAAGCCAAAAAAGGUAUGUUCCGAGAGGAAGUCUAAGUCUCGGUGUCGUCAGUCUGAUCUACAGACUAACAAACUAUCAAACGACGAGUACCUCUUGAGGAAACUGUUAGAAGUUUAAUGCUUAAAACAUGAUUCAUCGACAACACUGGUGAUAUUUGUGUGAAACAGGACUCUAUACUUUGUCAUUCGCUACUCCAGACCUGUCUGACGGCAACAAAAGGCGAAUAAAAUUCUGUGUACAAUUCUUUUCAUGGAAGUCGCUCAACUGUGACAAUAAAAAUAGGAACUCUGCGGACGGAGUGCAGUGUACGAUCACAGUUAGGCUUCAAUUCUCAGCCAACCAAGACACGCCCCUCUCCAAUAGGAUGACCGCGGCCAGCCCGGUCAACCAAUCACAGCUUGUUUGUCGCACUAUUGGGCGGGGUUAAUGUCAAACUUAUCCAUAUUCAUGUUUGUUGAGGGCAGACACUGUCGAUUUAAGUACUAGGUCGCUGCAAAUUUUGUUGUAAAGUAGUUUACCGAGCAUCUCAUCAGCACAUCGGUCACACUUAGACGAAAAUUACCCCUAAUCAAGGUGUAGUGGCGAAAGUUGUUAGUUGGAUGUGUGUACGAAGCCGUGCUAGUAUAGACAAGGGGCUAGCAUCACUGUAAUCUACAGCUUCGGUCAGUCUUAACCUUCAAGGAAGGUAAGAAAAUAGCAAUGCUGAACGUGGCUGGUAGUGUGGACCAUUUGGACCAGGACAUGUCCGGUAAAUCGGCUUUCAUGGAACUCCAGCAACAGCCCGUGCCCCCAGCCAUGGGCCAUCACCAUCCCGCCUACCCCAUCCGAUCGUCGUACCCGUCCCAGCACUCUCAACACGAUGGUGUAUUCUCGUCAUCCCAGCACCACAGCAGAGGACACCUGGGCUACUCUUUCCAUGCCAUGAACAGUAUGAGCCAUCCGAGUUACAACACUCCCGCUCAUCAUCACUUCUCAAUGCCCCCGUAUCAAACCCCGUCUCCCCAGAGAGAAGUCUUUUCUCUUCCUACAGCAGAAAAGACUCAAGUAGAAGAGCAACUCCGAAUUAAUGGCAAGGGGAAGAAAAUGCGAAAACCAAGAACGAUAUACUCAAGUCUUCAGUUGCAACAGCUAAAUAAGAGGUUUCAACGAACGCAGUAUUUGGCCUUACCUGAACGCGCGGAAUUAGCGGCAUCUUUGGGUCUGACCCAAACACAGGUGAAGAUCUGGUUCCAAAACAGGCGAUCAAAGUACAAGAAAAUUAUGAAACAACAACAGAACAACCCUGCCGCACCUGGUCAGCAACCUAACAGCCAUCACUCUCCUACAGGACCCCAACAACAGAAUCAGGCUCCUUCCCAGCAACCUCCUCAACCUCACACCCCUCAACACCAACAGGGCAGUCCAGUGGCACCCCAGCAGGCACCACCCAUGCUUCCCCCACCUUCGUCAGUCACACCACCCUCCACAUGGGCAGAUAUGUCUGCUACAGCACAAACUAACUCCUACAUGUCACAAUAUCCCUGGUACACACAGAACGCCAUGCAGCAACAGUCGUUGUUAACAUAACGUCAUGAACUACUUUAUGAACUGGUCUAAAAACGACGCCAUCUGGCGACAAUUACUCUUGUAAUUAAAAUGUGCUGAAAACAGCCCCUGUACCGGACUGGCCGCGUCAAACGGCCAGGGGUUGUGGUGGACAGGGUGGCCAGGUGCGAGCAACCUCGGGAAAACCUGGAAAGUUUAGUACAGGAAAAAGACAAGAGGUGGUAUUUGCCAGGCCGUGGUCACAGAAGGAGAGGAAUGCGGGUUCGGGUGUAUAGAAUGACAUGACAGGCCGUGUUAAGUACAAAACUUGUGGAGGUGUAUGUGUGAUUGCGUAAGAACUGACAUGUGCAUGCAGAUACCGGUAAAGUGUGAGACAGUACAAUUGUAGGUGGCUGUGUUGUUGCCGUGUCAAGGUUUUGACCGCCACGGACCGAGCUGGUCAGCGGAUCGCCAGGAUCUAGCGGUGCCCUUCUCCCGCGAACAAUCCACGACCACAAAACAAUGGUCAGUGUGCGGGAGAUAAGAUAAACACCUCGAAACCCGUGAAAUCUAUGUGUGGGAAAGCGAUCGCAACUGGGACUCGAAAUGCCACAUAUACAAUACAUGGUGUCAACAGCUUUAAAGUGCGUAACACAGGAGUGGCAUUCCAAAAAAACUGUUCUCACUUGAGAAUCCAUAUGUAGAUGUAUACCUCCCAUGAUAGCUGUACACGUCGAAUGGCCAGUCGAGAAACCAUUUCUAUGACAAUUGUCUAGUGAAUUCAGGAAGAACAUGCCGCUAUUAUUCCCGAAAUGACACUUGUUAACGCAGUCUGAAAUCCACGUAUUAAUGUUUUCCAUGUCCUCUGCCUGUAGUUAUGCCUACUACAACGAGUGACUGGUGCAUAAAAAAUUUGUAUUAUAGAGGAACGUAAUAUGUCAAAAUUAAAUUUUGAUGGUGCCUAUAUUAUUUCCUAUAUUUAUUUAAAAGCUUUAAUGUAUACGCAUUUACUUUACGUUAUCAUAGAAUAGAUCGGCGAAACCAUUAUCCUGUAGCGGACUUCAGAAUACAGCAGACUUAAUCUGUGCGUUAAAUGAUCACCUGUUUCUAGAAAAUUUACAGCUGAGAAAAGAGCGGAGAAUGUUUUUAAAAUCCAAACAACAGACGUAUUUGAAUUUGUUUCUUAUGCCAUUUGUUGUCUGCCAAUGGUCAUAGUGUCUGUCACUCUGAACAUACAUUCGUUGUGAAAUUGUUACGUUUAAUUGCUGUUGUAUAUUUUCUGUAAACGAUACCCUAAUCUAUGCGCAUGCUCUGUCUUAUUCGUCUCUUGACGUGUAUUAAACUUCGAUGUCAUAUAUUCAGGCACGGUUCCUGAUUUACUCUUCCGCAUUGGCGGAUUCCGUUAUAAUGAGAAGUUCGUCGAAAAUAAAUGCAUUAAGUGAAACU